AUGGCCAUACCGAGGAGGGCAUCACGCCUGCUGCUGCUCACCGGAGCCGCCCUCCUGGUCUUCCUCAUUGUGCGCCUGCUGCCCUCCCACGGCGGCGGCUACGUAGCCAGUCGCGUGAUCCCGCAGCGGCCCAAGAUCUUUGAGGGCUUCGACCCCGUCAACCCGAAGCAGUUUCAUCCCGCCGCGUCCAUUAAGCCCUUGCCGACUGGGACCCCGCGCACGCUGCCCCGCGUGCAGGCGCCCGACAGCGCAUUCAAGCAGACGCCCGAGACCGAGAAGCGCCGUCAGGCCGUGCGUAAGACGUUUGAGCGCAGCUUCGGCGCCUACAAAAAGUAUGCGUGGAUGCAGGACGAGGUGACUCCCGUCACCGCGCGGGGCAAGGACACCUUUGGCGGCUGGGCCGCGACACUGGUGGACUCGCUCGAUACGCUAUGGAUCAUGGACUUCAAGGAGGAAUUCAAGCAGGCUGCGGAGGCCGUCUCCCAUCUCGACUGGGGCCACACCGAUUCCAACGCCAUCAACAUCUUCGAGACUACGAUCCGCCACCUCGGCGGUCUGCUGAGCGCGUACGACCUGAGCGGCGACAAGAAGCUGCUCGGCAAGGCUGUUGAGCUCGGCAACAUGCUCUACGCAGGCUUCGACACGCCAAACCGCUUGCCCGGCUUUUGGCUCAACUUUCGCGAAGCCGCCAACGGUCAGCUCCUGGCCGGCACCGCAGACCCCUCUGCGUCGCCCGCCUCUCUGUGCAUGGAGUUUACCCGGCUGUCGCAGCUCACCGGCGACCCGAAAUACUACGACGCGACCGACCGGGUCACGCGCUUUCUCGAGCGCGUGCAAAACGACACGCUGCUGCCGGGCAUGUGGCCCACGGUGCUCGACUUCCAGCACGAAGAGGCUCGCGACAGCCAAUUUACGCUCGGCGCGCUCGCCGACUCGCUCUACGAGUACCUCCCCAAGAUGCACGCGCUGCUCGGCGGCGUCGACGACACGUACGAGCGGCUAUUCCGCGCCGCCAUGAACACCGCCGAGCCGAACCUCCUCUUCCGCCCCGCGCUGCCUGGGGGCGAGGACAUUCUCUUUGCCGGCGACUACCAGGCCACGGCCGCCACCAAGCUCGUCCCGCGCAGCCAGCACUUGACGUGCUUCGUCGGCGGCAUGUUUGGCCUCGGCGGCAGGCUCUUUGCCAACGAGACCCAGGUCGCCAUCGGCGAGAAGCUCGCCCGCGGCUGCGGCUACGCCUACGCCGCCUUUCCCACGGGUGUCAUGCCCGAAAUAUUCACCAUGAUGGCCUGCGAGCGCCGCGACCUGUGCGCCUGGGACGAGCAGGUCUGGGCCAAGCACGGCGAUGACAAGCUGCCCCGCGGCUUCGUCAACGCCUGGGACCCGCGGUACCUGCUCCGCCCCGAGGCCAUCGAGAGCAUCUUUAUCCUCUACCGCAUCACAGCCAAUGCGGACCUGCAGGACCUAGCCUGGCAAAUGUUCGAGGCCAUUAUGAAAUCUACCACGACGCAGUACGCAAACUCGGCCAUUGCAGACGUCCGCGCAGAGCAGGAGACGAGCAAGCUCGACUCGAUGGAGCCGUUUACCCGUGAGGCUUAG